CAAAUAAAAGUACAACAAUUUUGUGUUUUGCAUAGAAAGGUCUGGAGAAGGGGGAAGGGCGGCGAGAGGAAAGGGCGAGAUGGCGUGGAAAUGGAUUGUGAGGAGGACCCCCGAAUCCAAAUCCUUCUUCCUUGCAUUCGCCACCAUAUGCGGCGUCGUUCCGGGCGUCAUAGGCUAUGGCGUCAUGCAACUCACUAACACGCGCAACGAGCAGCUCGAGACCCAUCUUCGCAGAAGUGCUCGUCCCGAAUCAUUGAUGAUGGGGCAAGUGAAUAAAGAGAGACUGGCAGAGUACCUCGGAGAACUACAGCGGAAGGAGGAUACUAAUGACCGAUAUACUGCUGCUCUAAGAGGAGAGACUUUAACGAGGAAACCUUAUGUCAGAAUACAACCAAUUCCAGAGCAAACAGACACCAAGGUUGACAAGGAACAGAAGAAAUGAAUAAGUUGCAGGUCUACACUAUUGUGAAUAUAGAUUUUUAUAAUUCACUACGAACUUGAUACUGCUUUGUCUGCGUUUAAUCGUGUUUUGUUACUGAAUGUGUUUGCAUAAGCACUGAACUCCUUUUCAAGUGGGUUUGGUUAGGCGGACAAGAGUGACUAGCCAUACUUUAUAUUAUUCGAUUUAGACAAAUUUUUCAGAGGAGAUCAAAUAUUCUCUUUGGUGAUAUAAAA